AUGUAUCAUCGACUUGGAGUCGGUAAUUACAGUAGUCUAUGUUUUUGUCCACCAAACUAUUAUGGUGAUCAAUGCCAGUAUCAAAAUCAACGUGUUAGUUUAACUCUCGCAUUGGCAACGGUUCGUCAGCCGAUUGUCUAUGCUAUUAUUGUUACAUUAAUGGAAGACGAUAACGAUAUACAAGAAAUUCAUUCGUACCAUCAAUUUACUUAUGAAUCAAAAACAUAUUGUGGUCAAACUGUAGAUAUCUAUCUGUUAUAUACAACACGAGGAAAGAAUAUUUCAAAAAAUUAUAGCAUUCGUAUUGAUGCAUUUGACAAGAGUUCGUUGACGUAUCUAUUAAGUUGGCAUUUAACAAUUCCAUUUAUUUUUUUGCCAGUUAAUCGAUUAAGUGCUUUUUUGACUAUUCCAAUAUCUCGAUCAUCGAAUUUUAAUCAUUGUAAUCUGCAAUGUUAUAAUGGUAUUUGUAUGAAAUAUCAUAAUGAAGAACGAUUCUUCUGUCAAUGUGAUUCAGGUUGGUCUGGUGCACAAUGUCAUAUUCCAAUCGAUUGUAGUAUCUGCGCAUCAAAUUCUAUCUGUAUUGGCUCUAUUCAAAAUCGGUCAAUAUGUGUUUGUCCUCAAACUAGGUUUGGUUCAUUUUGUCGUCUUAAACUAACGUGUCCAAUAGAAUUUUGCGAAAAUAAUGGUCGAUGUGUCGUAAUCGAUGAGAGAAUGGUUGAUGAAAGUUAUGUGUGCUUUUGUUCAGAACAAUUUCAUGGACCAAGAUGCCAAUACGUCAAUCAUAAAAUAGAGAUUUCCCUUGAGAAUAUCGCUAUUCCAUCACACUUAGUCGUCUAUAUAUACAAUCAGAUUCGUUUUGAGCGAUCAAUCCCAACAUCUAUUAUACUCAAAAAAAUGAUCAUGUUUCAGAAUCAAGUCAUUUUAUAUUCUCAAUAUAUGUUUAAAAUGAUUCUUGCCAAAAUUGAUACUCGUUAUUAUUUGGCUGUACUUCAGAAAGAAGAACAAUCGAACAUAACAACAUCGAUUAGUCCCGCACAACGAUGUGCUUCUGUUGCUGAAGUUUUAAACACUACAUUAGUAUCAUUGCCACGAAUUCAACGAUUGAAAAGUUAUCAUAUUCCAUGUCAACAUAAUUUUAAUUUGCAAUGUUUUGUGGAUGAAUUUUACAUGUGUCUAUGCACAGAAGAACAUCAUAGUAAUUGCUUUCUAUUAGAUCAACAAUCGAGUUUUAUCUGUGAAGAUAAUGUUUAUUGUGAAAAUGGUGGAACAUGUUUACAAGAUCAACCUAUAUGUUUUUAUAGUAUUCUAUGUGUAUGUAACGAUUGUUUCUUUGGUGAUCGAUGUCAAUUUUAUGCUAAAGGUAUUGGAUUAACAUUGGAUGAUUUAUUACGUUACGAAAUUCGACCUAACAGUACAUUAAAUGAUCAAACAUUGGUAGUUAAAUUAAGUGCAAUAUUUGUCAUGAUUAUUUUUCUCGUUGGUUUAAUCAAUGGUUUUCUUAGUUAUUUAGUUUUCCAUAAUCGUGAUUCUCGUAAAGUAGGAUCUGGAAUUUAUCUUCGAUUAUCAUCAAUUAUUUCUAUUCUAAUUGUUACUAUGUUAAUUAUUAAGUUCUGGUUUGUAACAUAUACGUAUAUGAAUCCAUUGAUCAAUCGUAAUAUUCUUCGAGUUGGAUGUUUAGUAUUUGAACCUUUACUUCGUCUUUUCUUAAAUAUGAGUAAUUGGCUUAAUACUUGUGUGGCUAUAGAAAGAGCAAUAUCAGUCUUUCAAGGAAUUAAUUUUAAUAAACAAAGAAGUAGAUGUAUUGCACGAUGGGUAUGUUGCCUUUUAACAUUUAUAAUUUUUGGUUCAAUGAGUUUUGAACUCAUCUAUCGUGAUUUAUUCAAUGAUCAUGAAGAACGACGUGUUUGGUGUGUACUUCGUUACUCUCAAUCAAUUGAAAGAUAUACUACAAUUACUCAAUAUUUCCAUUUUGUAGUUCCUUGUGCAAUAAAUUUAUUCUCAGCUCUUUAUAUUAUCAUUAACAUUGCGCGUCAACGAACGACCACUCGAACAAAAUUUAAUUAUAGACAACAACUAGUUAAUCAAAUCAAUGAACACAAACAACUUAUUAUUAGUUCUAUUGUAUUAGCUGUUUUACUAUUUUCUCGCUUUCUUAUUUCAUUACUAUCAACAUGUGUUAAAGCAUCACGAAAUCCUUGGUUGUGUCUUUGUGGUUAUUUUGUGUCAUUCAUCCCAUCAUCCUUCAUCUUUGUAAUAUUUGUUCUACCAUCGAGUUUUUACAAAAAACAAUUUAAACAAUCGAUUAUUACUUGGCGACAACGAUUUAUGAGAAUGAUGAGACAAUGA